GCUAUCAUCAUGGAGAACUUCUCAUUGUUAUACUCAUCUGAAGAAGAUGCACUUCUCUCGUAUGCCGAUAUUCGAAAUUUCCAACUUGUUUGGAAUAUGGUGGAUAUUGAACAGAAACGAUCAAUUCCAGUGAGACGUGUCAAAUUUCUGUUGAGAUUGUUAAAAGGAAGACUGGAAGUUAAUGAUGAAUCCGAUGGAUUGUUGUUUAAGCAUAUGUGCCAUGAAAUGGAACGAUUGCAUAAUGGAGAUGAUGUUUCAUUUCAUGAUGUUCUCAACAUGCUCUCGUAUCGAAGUGUUGAUAUUCGAAAAAGUUUACAACUGGAAGAAUUACUUCAAAGAGAAGAACUUGAAUACAUAAUUGAAGAAGAAGUUGCAAAGCACACUAUUCGGGCGUGGCUAGAGAAUUGUUUGAAAAACAUCAAAGCCAAGCAGAAUAAUACUCUUGGAAAAAUGAGCUCAAUUGGGUCAACAUUUGCAUUUCCACAAUCUCAAGAAGUAUUAACAAAAGGAGUUGUGCUCACGGAGGCUUCUCCUGAAGAAGAUUCAUUGCAAGGAGAUAAGGGCAGUGGAAAGAAGAAGGCUCAGAGAGGCAACUCUAUUACAGAGAUAGUGGCAGAAGCGCAAAAGAAAAGUGUAAAACGAGCAACUGAUAAAAUAAGUGAACGUCGUGGAACACUUCGUCAAAUGCAAAUGGGAACAUAUGAUGAAUUGGAAGAAGUUGAAGAAGACGAAGAUACUGACGGAGAAAUCAGAAGAUCAUCAUUUGAAUAUUCAGGAGUUGAUAUGAUUCAAAUGUCACAUGAAAAACAACUGGAAGAUGUGAAAACUUGGUGGACGUUGUGUGAUUAAACGGGUUGCAACCAUACGUGUUUGUUUUUAUUUUCAAAUUACCCUUAUUUCUUUCAUGUUUUAGGACAUUUCCAUAGCUCAGAGAAAGAAGCUCAGAUUAUGAUGAUCUUAGUAUUAUGAUACGGUUAUUUAGAAUAAAUAUAUUCCAUUUUUCAACAAAAAA